CCUCCUCCUCCCGUCGUGUGUCGUGCUUUUACUCCCUCCUUUUCCUCCAAACGCACGAACGCGAGUAACACCGGCAGCUUUAACUAUUAUCACACUGUCACCGGAGAAGGAACGUCACAUGAAGCCAUAACAAUAACGGGACGAAACGGCAGGAUCCGAGAUCUACCAGAGGAAGCUGACUCGACUGAAAUCUAAAAACACUGCCACAAAGUGCACUUUGACGCCUUAAAAACACACUGAAGAAGUACAGGGAGCCAGAUAGAUGGCUGACAAACAGAUCAGUUUGCCUGCCAAGCUAAUAAACGGCGGAGUGGCGGGACUGAUCGGUGUUACCUGCGUGUUUCCCAUCGAUCUGGCCAAAACCCGCCUUCAGAACCAGCAGAAUGGAUCGCGCCUCUAUACCAGCAUGUCAGACUGCCUUAUUAAGACCAUCCGGUCAGAAGGAUACUUCGGCAUGUACAGAGGUGCGGCAGUGAACUUGACUCUCGUCACUCCUGAAAAAGCCAUCAAGCUGGCGGCAAAUGAUUUCUUCAGAUUUCACCUCUCUAAGGACGGGCAGAAACUCACUCUACUGCGAGAGAUGCUGGCCGGCUGCGGGGCGGGAACGUGUCAGGUCAUCGUUACCACACCAAUGGAGAUGCUGAAGAUUCAGCUUCAAGACGCCGGAAGAAUCGCGGCCCAGAGGAAGCUCAUGCCUCAGACCGUGACCCCCGGGGGCCCUGUGGAGGUUUCCCCCACAGCUAUGCAACUCACCAGACAGUUACUGAAGGAAAAGGGCAUCGCGGGUCUGUACAAGGGCCUGGGAGCCACGCUGCUCAGGGAUGUCCCGUUUUCUAUUAUUUAUUUCCCUCUGUUUGCUAAUCUGAACAAUCUGGGGAAGAGAGGAGCCGACGGCCCCGCUCCCUUCUACGUGUCCUUCGUUUCGGGCUGCGUUGCGGGCAGCACAGCCGCCGUCGCCGUCAACCCUGUAGAUGUGAUAAAGACCAGGCUACAGUCACUGACACGAGGGAGUGAAGAAGACACUUACAGCGGGGUGACCGACUGCAUCAGGAAAAUUUUACGCAACGAAGGUCCCGGUGCGUUCCUGAAGGGGGCGUACUGCCGAGCUCUCGUCAUCGCGCCGCUCUUCGGCAUCGCUCAGGUGGUUUACUUCCUCGGCGUGGGCGAAUUCAUCUUGAGCUACCUGCCCAAACGAAACGACUAACCCGCCCCGUCCCGUCACGCACUGCACCCCUCGCGAAGGAUCAAAGAGUAACGUGGACCAGUCUGACUGAUUUUAAUCGUUUGUUGUCGUGCCGUUUUCGUUCAAAGCGCCGUGUAUUUUUAUCCGAAUGUGGUGGUUUUAAUACUGAGCGUAAAAGUGAGAUUGUGUUUGCCAAGCUGCCUGUUUUUUUGUUUUUUUUGGUCUCGUCCGGUCUCACACUGAGACGAAACGAUGUUCUUUAACGAGCGUUUAAUCGUUGAGCCGUCGUCCGAUCACUGAUAUUUAAAAGCGUGAAAUCAUCGCUUGAGCUCUUGUUAAUCACGUACUGAAAUAUCAACCCAACACGAAGCUCUUUCUAGUUGUUAAUUUCCUGGAACAAGAAGACAUGUCGCGUUGAUUAGUUUGCCCUUUAUAUUAGCCGUUUCCGUCUUUCUUACCAUCAACUUAGCAAUGACCCCGAGGAAAAGCGGAUAGGCUAAAGCCCCAAGUGUGACGUGAGAGCAGCAUAUCUUUGUGCCCCAUCAAAGCUUAUAUUUCAAAAUGACACGUCGGCUCCGGAGGUUAAUUCAAUUUAAUUUCUCAGAAAAGCUGAGAGGGACAUAUCUGUGAACGGAGAAUGUGAAUUAGACUUGAAGGCGUCUCUCAAAUCGCCUGCAUUGAAAUGUAAAUGCGUCCGGACGGGGGGACGAAGCGGCCAUUAAAACUUCUGGAAAGUUCUCAAACUUUUAGUGGAUAGUCAUUAUAGAUCAUGAGAUUCGUUAUGCAUGGCCACAGCACAAAGAAAAUUAAUGUCAAUGAUUUUUAUUUUUGCCGUUUAUGGCUUGAACGGCAGAAUUCGCAUUAAAUAUGGUCUUAAACCUCAUUUAAACCACAUUUGUAGGUGGUUCGAAGCUUAUUUAAUUUCGGGUAUGGCAAGUCGUUUUUUUCCAAAGUACAAAGUGCGGAAAUGUUGAUAGCACAAGCAGUUUUUAUCAGUGCUCUUAUUGCUUACUAAAAUUUAAAAAAUGUAACUAUUAAAAGCAUUUUUGUUAUAAAGCUGAAAUAAAAAUAUCGGAGAAAUUUUACUAAAUAAAAAUUAGAAAUGUUUGGAAUUCUUAAAAAAGUGACUGUAGCGUAUAGUAAAAUUAAUUAACUAAAAUCUAAGUGGAAAAAUCUAGCAAUUUUAAAAAUAAAAGUUAAUUAAGAACAUUGAUAGAAUCUCUAAUAGUGUAUAAAUUAAUGCGACUUAUUGUAUCCAAAAUGAACGUUUUUUUGUUUACAUAAUGUUUAGUAGCUUUUAUUUUGUAUGCGUUUACGUGUCGGACAGCGCUAAUGUAAGUAAAAUGAAAAUAAGAAAUGUUGCUUUGGGAACUAACUGAAAUACGUAGUAUAAUGACUAACUGGAAUAAAAAUAAACGAAAGCUUUCGGAUUAUUAAAAAAACAAGAAAACAACCCUAACGUUCAAAUAAAUCGGAAAUGAAUCCGUUUAAACUUAAAGCUAAUUUAUGAUAUCAAUAAACACUAUAUUAGUAUAAAAAUAAGACUAAAAUAACACCGGUUCUCGCUGGGCAGACGUCGUGUGACCUAAUUAAUAUUCAUGAGCAAAGCUAAUGCGUUUUAUAUUGUGUCCCACCUACUGCAAACCCACUUUAGCUACAUAUUUACUGAAAAAAAAAAAAACCUAUAAUAUUAUGAAAACCUUCGCAACCCAUAAUGCAGUAUCUAGGUUCAUAUCUGCAGGCUGAGAUCUAAAAAAGAAUACUAAUAUACUAAAUCAACAACAACAACGCCAAAGUAAUGCGCAUAUCGAUUGUAACCUCGCGAACCUCGAUGGGCGGGGCUAAUAAUCAUGACUAUUAAUGCACGCACGUUGUUUUGCGUCAGCGGGAGAUUUUAUUAGUCAUUCCAAGAAGCCGAAAAGCACAGACUUUGGAUGGAAGUCCUAUUUAUUGAUAAUCCCGAAGAUGUAGACGUAAACACACUCAUAGUAUAUAUAUCUCACUAUAUAUUUGUAUGGAUAGUUUUAUCGUUGUCUGAUUGUUCGUGCGAUCAUUGUUGUGUACUGUACAUAUGCAGAUGAUGUUAUGAAGCGACUGCGUUUUUGGUUUUGUAUGCGACGGCUUAUUUGCACACCUCCUCGUUCCUUCUCUUUAUGUUUUUGGCGUCUGAAGGAGUGAAUACGGAGCCGUAAUGAAUCAGUGUUGGACUCGUGAGCUUGUUGUUCACGCUAGGGUGCACUACCAAACCAAGCGAACAAACCCCAGCGCUUUCGGUUCUCUUUUUACUCGACGCCGUUUGCUUUUAUUUCUCGCGGACGCGUUCGGAUCGAUCCGAGGCCUCGUCGGGGGCCGCCUACGUGUGCAAUCAAGAGCGGAAAUAUGGCUCAGUUUCAUGCUGCCAAAUGAUUCCUGACCAAACACUUCUGACUCCUUUUCCCCGUACACUGGUGAACGUACUCUGCCGUUCAAAAGAUUGGGGUGACUGAGAUUUUCUUGGAUGCUUUUAUUCAGCAAGGAUGCGUUAAAUUGAUCGAAAGUCGCAGUAUAGACAUUUAUAAUGUUACAAAAGGUUUCUGUUUCCAAUAAAUGCUGCUCUUGUGGAAUUACAAAGAAUACUGAAUCAAAGAAGAGAAGAAUCUUUAAAAAAAAUCUAUUGUGUAUUAAAAAAAAAUUGUAAUUAGCUUAUUUUUUUAUUUAUAUAUAUAUAUAUAUAUAUAUAUAUAUAUAUAUA